AUGGAUCCUCCAAAACCAUCACAAGCAGCCUCAUCAACAUCAACAUCAACACCACCCGAAAACCCACCAUUCCCCGCCAUCACACCCCUCCCAAAGACCCCGCGCACCUUCGAAACCCCCACCAAGCGCAUCAACACCGGCACCGACCUCGCAACCUUUCUCACAACAACAGCCUACCGCGACAUCCUCCUCUUCCUCCUUCAGCUCAACCGCUCCCUCUGCCCGCGUCGCAACCCGACCCGCCCAACGGGCCCCUCCACAACCUAUCCGCUCUCCUCUGUUCCCUCCACGCCCGAACGCGGCCUCCCGCCCUCCAUAGCCCGCCUCCAGGCCCUCCUCGCCGAAGCCGAAGCCCUUAUCGACCUCGCACCCCCGGACCCGGGCCCCCGCCGCUUCGGCAACGUCUCCUUCCGCAAGUGGCACGAGCUCCUCGCCGAACGCGCGCCCGCCCUGCUGUCCAAACACAUCCCCGACUCCGUCCUCGCUUUUCCCGCGACUCCGUCCUCCGAGCCGCCCGCCGCCGAGCUCCUGGCGUACCUCCUCGGCUCAUUUGGCUCCGCGCAGCGCCUGGACUACGGAACGGGUCACGAGCUCGCCUUUUUAGCAUUCCUCGGCUCGCUCUAUAAACUCUCCUACUUCGCCGACGACAUCACCACCACCACCACUACCAACACCGCCGCCGCCGACCCAGAGAAUGGCCAACCCGCAGCAGCUAGACCAACAGACACAUCCGCCCUAGACCGCACCAUCGUCCUCGGCGUAAUCGAACCCUACCUCCGCGUCGUCCGCCGCCUCAUCCUCACAUACACCCUCGAGCCAGCAGGCUCCCACGGCGUAUGGGGCCUCGACGACCACUCCUUCCUCCCCUACAUCUUCGGCUCCGCUCAGCUCGCGGCGCCCGUGUCCGCGGACUCGGACCCGAUGCCGACAGAGGGCUCCGUGCGCGGCGCGCCCAAGACGGGGGACAUUGUCAAGGCCGCCGUCGUCGAGGACCUACGCUCCGAAAACAUGUACUUCUCCGCCGUCGGGUUCAUCAACGACGUGAAGAAGGGUCCGUUUUGGGAACACAGUCCCAUCCUCUUUGACGUGUCUGGCGUCAAGGAUGGUUGGGGCAAGAUCAAUAAGGGCAUGCUUAAAAUGUUUAACGCAGAAGUCCUUCAAAAAUUCCCCGUCGUCCAGCAUUUCACAUUCGGCUCCCUCUUCUCCUGGGACCAAGACCCCAACGCCGCGCCCGUAUCCCAAUCCGUCCACGCCGCGAAUCAGCCCUCGUACAACUACCCGGCAACAACGGCGCCUCCCCCGCCCCAAGCCGGCCCAGGCACGGCCGCGCCGUGGGCAACAGCCGGUGGUGCUAGUGCUAGUGCUGGUGCUGGUGCUGUUCCGUUGGGUCGCAUGCCCCCUCCUGCCCCCGGCGGCGCGGGUGUUCCCUACUCGCGACAGCCUCCGCCGCCGUCAUCCGCGGCUUCGGCAAGGGGGCCGCCGCCGGGUAUGAUGCCUAUGCCUCCUGGCGCGCAGCAGGCGAGGCAGGGCACGGCUGAUGCACAGAUUGCGUUGACCAAGGCGCCGUGGGCAAAGUGA